GGCGCACAAGAUGGCGGCCCCGGUAGCUGGGGGUAGGCGGCUGCAGCUCGGCCUGGGGCUCUAGCUGGGGUCGGGCCCAGAGACAGGCUUCGCCCAGGUGACGGGAGGCCGAGGCUGUGCCGCCGGGCCGGUGGCUGCCAGGCCGCUCGCCGCUGUGCCCGGGCCCGCCGCCCCGCCAGCCCUGCGCGGGCGGAACCGCAGGAAGGUCAGGUCCGGCCGCCGCGCCCCGCCCCUCCUCGCCCCGGGGCGGUCGCUGUCUUGUGGGUGGCUCACCGUUAGCGUUGACUUCAGCCACGUGCGGCCUCCAUGGCGGCCUCGCAGGCCCCGGGGGAGAAGAUUAACAUCCAGGCGGGAGAGACGGCCAAGGCUGGGGACAGGGACCCUCUGGGGAGCGACUGUCCGGAGCAGGACAGGCCCGCCCAGCGCUCCUGGAGGCAGAAGUGCGCCUCCUACGUGCUGGCUCUGCGGCCCUGGAGCUUCAGUGCCUCGCUCACCCCGGUGGCCCUGGGCAGUGCCCUGGCCUACAGAUCCCAGGGCGUCUUGGACCCCAGGCUGUUGGUGGGGUGUGCCGUGGCUGUCCUGGCUGUGCACGGGGCUGGCAAUUUGGUCAACACUUACUAUGACUUUUCCAAGGGCAUUGACCACAAAAAGAGUGAUGACAGGACCCUGGUGGACCGAAUCUUGGAGCCCCAGGAUGUUGUCCGGUUUGGCGUCUUCCUCUACACUUUGGGCUGUGUCUGUGCGGCUUGCCUCUACUAUCUGUCCCCUCUGAAACUGGAGCACUUGGCUCUCAUCUACUUUGGAGGCCUGUCUGGCUCCUUUCUCUACACAGGAGGAAUUGGAUUCAAGUACGUGGCUCUGGGAGACCUCGUCAUCCUCAUCACUUUUGGCCCACUGGCUGUGAUGUUCGCCUAUGCCGUCCAGGUGGGGUCUCUGGCAGUCUUCCCACUCAUCUACGCCAUCCCCCUCGCCCUUAGCACCGAGGCCAUUCUCCAUUCCAACAACACCAGGGACAUGGAGUCUGACCGAGAGGCUGGCAUCGUCACACUCGCCAUCCUCAUCGGCCCCACCUUCUCCUACAUGCUCUACAACACGCUGCUCUUCCUGCCCUACCUGCUCUUCAGCAUCCUGGCCACGCACUGCAGCAUCAGCCUGGCGCUCCCCCUGCUCACCAUUCCCAUGGCCUUCUCCCUAGAGAGACAGUUCCGAAGCCAGACUUUCAACAAACUGCCCCAGAGGACUGCCAAACUCAACCUCCUGCUGGGACUCUUCUACGUCUUUGGCAUCAUUCUGGCACCAGCCGGCAGUCUGCCCAAACUCUGAGGGGACCAGUAGCUCCCCCAACAACGUGUCCCCCUGUCUUAGAAGGUGUUGAAGGCAGAGUUUCUGAGGAGGGAGGGUGAUUUGGCAGAGAGGGACUUAAGGAUGGCUGGUGAACUGUCACCUUUUUUUAUUAUUUGCGUUCUUGAAGAUAGUGUUUUGUUUUUGUUUUUGUUUUUGUUUUCUUCCAUUUUAUGGAGAAUCUUGACACCACUCUGGUAUCAGAAGGAGGUGAAUUGGAUGCGUGACUCUUGUUUUAUUUAUAAUUUCCACUAGAGGGUGUUGUCAGGUCAUUUGAAAGUGGACUAAAAUGCGCUAAGACUUUGUGAAGGAGUGGCCGAGUUGGCCCCCUGUCCUGAAAGGGCCUUAGUGACUGGGCGAAGUGUCCGCGUUAUCUUGGUCUUGCAGGAUGUAGUAUUAAUUGGUGCCUGGCCUCAGUGACACAGGGAGCACCUGUCUCUUCCUCUGAGCAUUUGGGUCCUGAAAUACACUGCUUGAGAAAGUCUCUCAUUAACAGCCUAGUGUGGCUCCCGGCUUUUUGCCUAAAUUGUGAUUCUGAUGCUUUUGCCCUUCAUCUCUCCUUUCACUUACUGCCACAGUCGAAGAAAAGUGUCAGAUCACCCUGCAGCAAGACCGUCAAGCCCCGGACUGGGAAGGAAAAAAACCCCACCCUCAAGGCUGCUGAGAAAUCACUCUGCUUUUGGAUAGAAAUUGGUAGGAUGGCUGUUUUCCCUUUGUAGAAUCCACUGGAAUGACAGGGAGGACUCCCAGCCCUUUCAGUAACUAUUAGGAGCCCUGAGGUUGUAGAGGCACUGCUGUCCUUGCGGGCUACUUAAAGCCCACGGGUAGCUUUUUCCCCUG